AGUAAAGAUCGCAAAAAAGAUGCAGAGAGCUACAGUUCUAAAGGACUACCUAGUGCGUGUAGCAGCAAGGGAUUCGUGUAAUACCAGUGCCACAGUGACAGUUUCUGUUGAAUCACAAAAUAUGCCUCCAGAAAUGUUGGAUCUUCCCAACUCCAUGGCUGUUGCUGAGCAGACAGGCGGCGAACAAGUUUUAUACUCCACGAUUGUUGAGGAUCCCUCUGGCGACGAGGUUUGCUGCUUGCUAGAGAGUGUUUCUCCUCCUUCGCUGAAUUUCAAUGUUACAGGGAACUCGACGGCAGGCGCUUUCCGCGGCGUCUUUUCCAUUCUAACCAGCGCAAAUCCCGCCUUUUCUUACAAGGACAUAAACUCUUAUAUGGUGAAACUCUGCUGUGAUGACAGUGCUGAUAAAACUACAGGAAUAUUGCUUGUUAAUGUCAAAAAGCCGGUCAAGGGGUCCGGUUAUACACCUCCAGAUUGGUUUAUAUUGUCCGUGGGAAUAUCCUGUAUUCCAGUUUUUAUUAUGGGAUUUAUGGCUUGCCUUGUGCUAAUUCACUCAAUGUUUGUAAUAGGAUGAGAGCAAUUCCUGAUCGUUGUAUAAUUUAUCAUUUAUUGUAUCCUGAAACAUUUGUUACAGCAUCUGAAAUUGGUAAAACUGUGAAAGUUAUCCCACGUUUUAUUAAUGACAUGUAUUUUAAUAUUUUUGCUUGAUUUAUCUGUCUUUCCUGUAAGAACAUCAAUAUUGUUUUCCUUCAUCCAUUCAAUAUUAUAAUUUUAAAUUUAAAACAUGUUUUUCUG